AUAGAUAUUCGUACGUAUAUAGUGCAGUAUUUUGUUUGUUCUAAGGUUGUACCUAUUAAAUACCUCAAAAUUCAAAAUUGUCAAAUUUUUGUUAUUAGCUCUACGUUUAAAGGCCACCAAGUGACAUUGGUGGAACUAAAAAUGUCUGAAUUGUCGACAAUUGCCACCAUCAAAUGCAAACAGCAGGUCGUUCGCGCCGUCCGCUUCAACGUAGAUGGCACGUACUGUUUAACAUGUGGUGCUGAUAAAAAAAUCAAAUUAUGGAAUCCUCACAGGGAGCUCCUGCUUAAAACUUAUGGUGGUCACGCAAACGAGGUCUUAGACGCUGCCGGGUCGUGCGACAGUAGCCAUAUAGUAUCUUGUAGUAGUGAUAAAUCUGUGAUAUUAUGGGAUGUUACAACUGGACAGCCUAUUAGAAGGUACAGAGGUCAUGCAAGCUCUGUUACAUGUGUUAAAUUCAAUGAGGAGUCCAGUUUAGCUGUUUCAGGUUCAGUUGACAACACAGUAGCUUUCUGGGAUAUAGUAAGCCGUAGACAAGAGCCAGUGCAGGUCUUAAAAGAUGCUAAAGACACUAUAACAUCUAUACAAAUCACCGACCAUGAAAUCAUGACAUGUUCUGUUGAUUGUCAUGUCCGUUUAUAUGAUAUACGGGUUGGCAAAAUGACAUCGGACUAUAUAGGUCAUAUCGUAACUUUUGGUAACUUUACACAUGAUGGACAGUGUUAUGUUUUGAGUUGUAACGAUGGUACAGUUAAAUUAUUUGAUAAAGACUCUGGUGAAAUGUUGAAUACUUUCAUAGGACAUGAGUGUAAAGACUAUAUGCUAGAAAAUGUUGUUAAUGAAACGGAUAGUCAUAUAAUGUCCGGUUCGGCAACAGGUGAGGUAUUGGUUUGGGACCUCAUAAGUAGUAAGUCCACUAAUAAAUUUGUGCAUACUAAAAAUAAACCUGUAAUUUCAUUGAGCCAUCAUCCAACUGAAAGUUAUUUAUUAACGGCUUGUGAUGAUGAGAUUAAGCUUUGGGGAAACAAAAGUGCUAAUGACUAAUUUAUUAUGAGUUUGUGUUAUCUUAUGUUUUGUAAAGUUUAUUAUCAAUAAAUAAUAAACUAGUGUAAAAUUUAUAAUAAAGUAAUUUUUAAUGGAUAGAAUUUCUAAUCUCUGAAUUAAUGGGAAAAUACAUAUGUUUUUGCCGAUUUCAGUAGUGCAAUGAAUAAAGCUUAUGACAUUAUCUUACAGUAUUAAAAACUAAAUUGAAUAAAGAUUUAUAAGCCGG